UGUAAAAAAUCGCUUUUCGGCCAUUGCGUAGCAACUGAUUGUUAUUACGGUAUUAAAUUAUUACCUGAGUGUGAAUCAAUAUUUAACAUGAUGCAACUAGGUGGUACUCCAAUUUUAGUUCUUAGUCAAGAUACAACUAGAGAAUCGGGACGUAAAGUUCAGGUUCAGAAUGUUUUAGCGGCAAAAGCAGUUUCAGAUGUCAUUCGCACGUGCCUCGGUCCUAGAGCUAUGUUAAAAAUGCUGCUUGAUCCUAUGGGCGGAGUAGUUAUGACCAACGAUGGUAAUGCUAUAUUACGAGAAAUUACAGCUCAACAUCCUGCUGCGAAAACAAUGAUUGAAAUCAGUCGUACGCAAGAUGAAGAAGUUGGAGAUGGAACUACAUCUGUAAUCGUUUUAGCCGGCGAAUUGCUUCAUAAGUCUUUACCAUUCUUGGAACAAAAUACUCAUCCUACAAUAAUUAUAAAUGCAUUUCGUCAAGCUUUAGAUGAUGCUGUGAAUAUAUUACAGUCUCAGGUAUCCAUUCCUGUUGAUGUUGAUAAUUCAGAGAUGAUGUUAAAGAUUAUUAUGGGUUGCUUACGAACAAAAGUCGUGGGAAAAUGGGGUGAGAAAGCUUGUAGUAUCGCGUUAGAUGCUGUUAGAACUGUACAAUUGGAAGUGAACGGUCGUACUGAGAUUGAUAUUAAACGUUAUGCUAAAGUAGAGAAGAUACCUGGUGGUGCGAUUGAAGAUUCUAAAGUUUUAGAUGGUGUCAUGUUGAAUAAAGAUGUAACACAUCCCAAAAUGCGGAGAUACAUAAAAAACCCAAGAAUUAUGCUGCUUGAUUGUAAUUUGGAAUACAAGAAAGGAGAAAGUCAGACUGAAAUUGAAAUUUCUAAAGAAGAAGAUUUCACCAAAAUUUUGCAGUUAGAAGAAAAAUACAUACAAGAUCUAUGUGCUGAUAUCAUAAAAUUUAAACCAGAUGUUGUGUUCACAGAAAAGGGUGUUAGUGAUUUGGCCCAACAUUAUCUUGUUAAAGCUAACAUUACGGCUAUUCGAAGAGUCCGCAAAACGGACAACAACAGAAUUGCCAGAGCUUGCGGUGCUACUGUUGUAAAUCGUGUUGAUGAGCUGAAUGAGGAAGAUAUUGGUACUAAAGCUGGUCUUUUCAAAAUAGAGAAAAUAGGAGAUGAAUACUUCUGCUUUGUUGUAGAAUGUGAAAAUCCUAAAGCUUGUACUAUACUUCUACGAGGCGCAAGCAAGGAUGUGCUUUCGGAAGUGGAGAGAAGCUUACAAGAUGCAAUGUGCGUUACUCGUAAUGUUGUCUUAGAACCAUACCUUGUGCCUGGUGGGGGUGCUGUAGAAAUGGCAGUUAGUCAAAGAUUGAUGGAAAAGUCUAAAAGUAUGACUGGUAUUGGUCAGUGGCCUUACAGAGCAGUAGCUUCAGCUCUUGAAGUUAUUCCACGUACCUUAAUACAAAAUUGUGGUGGAGAUGUUAUUAGAUCCCUUACGGCUCUUCGGGCUAAACAUGCAACUCCAGGAAACAUCACAUGGGGUAUAGAUGGAGAAACUGGUCAACUUGUAGAUAUGAAUGCUUAUGGCAUAUGGGAACCUUUAGUUGUUAAACUACAAACAUAUAAAACUGCUGUUGAGACGGCUAUUAUGUUGUUACGUAUUGAUGACAUUUUGUCUGGAAUUAAGAAAAAGGAGGAUACUCCUCAAGUGAGUCAUAGCCAAGAACCAUCAGAAGAAGCAAUGAAAGAAUAAAAUUAAUUAAAAAAAAAAAUAUAUGGACCAUAAUGCUUAAUUUUUUUAUCAACACUGACUAUAACAAGUCUUGUUUGCUGUCAUAAUCUUCUCAGUUCUUCAUUUUUAGGUUAAGGUACAUGAUUGCUCUUUUAAUUGUUAAAUUAAGUUUUCAUAAAAAUUCUUUUGUUCAUGAUUUCGAACAUCAACUGUAUGCAUAAAUUGUACCUUUUUGUGCAGAAGAAAUGAAUGCAGUUAUUGCAUUGAAAAUUUAAGCAUAAUAUUUUGCUACACCAGCAGCAUUAAUAAAGCUCUUGAAUAAAA